AUGUCGGGACGAACAGGUUCUAUCCACGGCCUCACGGGCAAGCCCCUGCUCAUCUUUGUAUCAUUAGGCGUUUUCUUGUUCGGAUACGACCAAGGAGUUAUGUCGGGAGUGAUCACUGGUCCGUACUUUAUGGAUUAUUUCGGUCAGCCUUCCAAGGCCUAUGUCGGAACUAUGGUUGCCAUUCUUGAGAUUGGUGCCUUUAUCACCUCGCUAAUGGUUGGCCGUGUUGGAGACAUCAUUGGACGACGACGUACCAUUCUCUACGGAUCGUGUAUCUUCUUUGUUGGAGGCGCCCUCCAGACCCUCGCUACGUCUAUGCCCAUGAUGAUGGUCGGUCGUUUCGUUGCUGGUUUUGGCGUUGGUAUGCUCUCGACCAUCGUCCCCGUCUACCAGUCCGAGAUUUCUCCCCCACACAACAGAGGAAAACUCGCCUGUAUCGAAUUCACUGGAAACAUUGUUGGCUACACAACCUCUGUUUGGGUCGACUAUGGCUGCGGCUUCAUUGAGAGUAACCUCUCGUGGCGCAUUCCCCUGCUUAUGCAGUGCAUCAUGGGCGCUCUUCUUGGUGUUGGCAGUCUCGUCAUUGUCGAGUCGCCUCGAUGGCUUCUGGACAACGACCACGACGAGGAAGGCAUGGUUGUCAUUGCUAAUUUGUAUGGUGGCGGAGAUAUUCACAACCCCAAGGCUCGAGACGAGUACCGCGAGAUCAAGAUGAACGUCCUCCUGCAGCGCCAAGAAGGCGAGCGAACUUACCGCGAGAUGUUCCGUCGAUACAAGACCCGCGUCUUCAUUGCCAUGUCCGCUCAGGGAUUGGCUCAGCUCAACGGAAUCAACGUCAUCUCAUACUACGCGCCCUACGUGUUUGAGUCUGCUGGCUGGGUCGGACACGAUGCCGUCCUCAUGACGGGUUUCAACGGCCUCACAUAUCUCAUGUCAACAAUUCCUCCCUGGUACUUGGUUGAUCGAUGGGGUCGCCGCAAGAUCCUUCUCUCGGGCGCAGCAGCCAUGGCAGUUGCGCUGUCCUGCAUCUCGUACUUCUUGUACCUCGACGUCAAGUGGACCCCCCGAUUGGUCGUCUUAUUCGUCAUGAUUUACAAUGCUGCGUUUGGUUUCUCAUGGGGCCCCAUUCCCUGGUUGUACCCACCCGAGAUUCUGCCUCUCAGCAUCCGUUCCAAGGGUGCCAGUCUGUCAACGGCCACCAACUGGGCUGCCAACUGGUUGGUUGGUGAGAUGACGCCUAUUCUCCAGGAAUGGAUCAAGUGGCGCAUGUACCUUGUUCAUGCGUUCUUCUGUGUUGCCAGUGUGGUUAUCGUUUACUUCAUCUACCCCGAGACCUGCGGUGUCCGCCUCGAAGACAUGGAUUCGCUGUUUGGAGAUGCUAGCACCGUGGCAGGCACACCUUCUGUGCAUGGGGCGGAAACAAGUUCCCUUAUGAGGGCCGGUUCUCCUGUGGGAUCCUCUCGGGGAUUUAAUGGACCCACGUCCGCUAUUCCCCGUCUUUCCCUUGACCCCCCGACUGUUGACGACGACAACAAGUCUCAGAUUCAGGCCAAUGGAGGUGAAGAUAGAAGCAUUGGUGGAUGGCUGUCAAGGGUGGUCGGCCGCAACAGGUCCGAUAGUGGUAGCAGCGCUCAAGGCCGCUACGCGCCUCUAGGACAGCAAGAGGAUGGCCGACGUGGUGAUUAUUAAUGGUGUUUACUCGGGGAUCACGUCGAUAAAGAGAUUCUGCAUAUAGAUGGCGCACGAGGCAUUGGCGUGUUGUCACUGGGAUAAAGACAGCGCGAACAUGCUCAAGUCAGGAUAGCGGAGCCAAGCGUGUGGCAUGGUAUUGGUUGAGUUAGUCUUUGGGGUAUUGAAUGACACCAUACGAUAGGUAAGAUUUGAGAGAUGAAGGUUCUACUAGACCGUUUGGCUUGUAUGUAUGUAUUAGACGGCGACUUUGGAUCAUUGGUUGUAUGGCGAGCACACAUAGUGAGCUAUUGGAUAGAACGCAGAUAAUGC